UUCAGGAGAGGCGUGUAGCUAGCAGGUUACGUCACGACCUCUAGCAUAAGUUUAUGUGGAACGGGUACAUAGUAUAUAAAUAUAAAGCUGUCAUGAGCAGGCAAGAGCAACAUAGCGCCAAAAAAUUAUGAUUAAAAAAAACGGCAAGUUUCUGUGUUUUAACAAAUUGAUUGUUUCUGUUCUUAAUUACAAAACGAUUCGAAGUGUCUUUAGUUAGGUACCUACUUCACAUAAUUUUCUUAUCAAACGAUUGAAGGAUAUUUGACUAUCUAGUUCAUCAAUUGUUUGUAUUUAAGAUAAACGUUUUAAUUAAAGAUAAUUUUUAUAUACAAAUCAAAUUACGAUUUUUAUCGUCAAUUAUUUAUCGGCCCUGUUUUGAACUGGCACCAGCGGUAGCUGAUAAAGUGUAAGAUUUAUCACUAAUCAAGGGCUUGUAUAAAGCAAUCUUUUAUUGAAAAAUAAGUUAAUUCAAUAGUGCGUUGAAAGCAUGAAGGGUACGAAAACAACGGCGUUGGUUUUGGCAGCUUUGCUAAUAGCCGCUGAAUGCAAUGUAGUCAAAUAUAAUCCUGUAGCAAAAUUGUAUUUUGAUGACAUUUCCCCUUCUAUUGGAAAGGGAAUUAAUCCUAAAUUAAAUCUGGGACAAACAGCAACAGUCAAUGAUUAUGUGGACAAUACCAUCUCUAUGCUUAUACCUUUCAUGCAACAAAAUGGCUUGGAUCCCAUGUCUCUACCCGAAAUUGUUGAAGGUUUUGAAGUUCGGUUCCUGCUCAUCACAUACAGCGCAUGGUUGAAACUUCAAAAUGGAAGUAUGACGGGUCUCGUUAACGUCUCCCGAUUUGAAGACCAACUUGUAAAUUACUUUGCUAAGAUGUUGCGUGUCAAGGUGCAGCUUCAAUUUAGCGAUCUUGAGUUCAACUAUGAUUACCUCGUGAAGGUCAUGAACAUUGGUCCCACAGGGCGUAUUGUAGGUUCAUUGGAUCGCUUUAGAAUAGUUGCCGACGUAUUAAUAGAUUUCAAUAAUGAUGAGAUUCACUUACAACAGUUCUCGCUAACGGAUAUCGGACGCCUGCGAGUAAAGCUACGUGGAAAUAUUCUUAUUGACUGGCUUGUCAACCCGGUCAUUACAGUCUUCACAUCUCUAUUUAAUGGUAUUAUCAUGAGGACCGUUGAGCUUACUAUACGCAAUGUGGCUCAAUCUGCUAUCACUGAAAUCAAUUCUGCUAUUCGCGAAAUUAUUCACCAGAUCGAGUCUUAUAAUUAGAUACAAAUUAUGUAAUAUUAUUUUCUUGUGUUUGA